GGAAAAGUUUGUGUUUGAUUACAAAUCACAAUAUGUGGAGUCAAAAGAACUAAAGUUUGAAUCCUGAUCCUAUCCAAGCUGUUUCAGCUUCCUACCCUUGGUCAUCUACCAGUUCCUUUGUGUUUGAGGCAGAAAUAGGGUAUCCCUGAGGAGGCAGUCAAAAGAAAGUUCUCCAGAACAGAGAGAGCAGUCUGAAGCUGGGGAUGGCGACAGCAUUGGUAACCACUCCUUCCCUGGCUCCUCUGAAUCUGAAGAAGGAGGGACUUCACUUAGUGAAGGAGGAUCACCACUCUACUCGGGAACAGGGGGUCAAGCUGCAAGGAAAUGGCGCAGGCCUCGGGCAGGAGCCAUUGUGCAAACAGUUCAGGCAGUUGCGCUAUGAAGAGACCACAGGACCUCGAGAAGCGCUGAGCCGGCUCCGGGAACUUUGCCGACAGUGGCUGCAGCCCGAGACCCACACCAAGGAACAGAUCCUGGAGCUGCUGGUGCUGGAGCAGUUCCUGACCAUCCUGCCCGAGGAGCUGCAGGACCGGGUGCGGCAGCAUCACCCAGAGAAUGGGGAAGAUGUGGUUGUUGUACUGGAGGAUUUGCAGCCAGAACUGGGAGGAACAGAACAACAGGACCCAAACCAGGCAAAGAAACAGAAAAUGCUUGUGGAGGAGACGGCCCCUCUGAAAGCAGUGCCGAAGCAGCAGGUCCAGCCUGAGGGUGAAAUUCCCAAGCCCAAGAGACAGAAUGGUGAGGAGACAAGGAUUGAGAACGGGAAGCUGGUUGUAGAGACAGACUCCUGUGGAGGAGUGGAAUUACCUGGGAAAAUAUCUGAACCCAAAGAGGCUCAUUAUGAGGACUCUAACUUGGAUAGGCAGCAGGCCAAGGCCAAGGAGAAGACUGACUAUAAAUGCUCAGAAUGUGGGGAGGGGUUCAUCCAGCACUCAGACCUGAUUAAGCAUGAAGGUUCACACACGGGAGAAAAGCUCUGUGAAUCUGAAGUGUGUCAGAGUUCUAGUCUUACUGGACAUCAGAAAAUCCACUGCAGAGAGAAAGGUCAUCAGUGUCAUGAGUGUGGGAAAGCCUUUCAGAGAAGUUCACACCUUGUCAGACAUCAGAAAAUCCAUCUUGGCGAGAAGCCUUAUCAGUGCAAGGAGUGUGGAAAAGUCUUUAGCCAGAAUGCAGGCCUUUUGGAACAUCUCAGAAUCCAUACUGGAGAGAAACCUUACCUGUGUAUCCACUGUGGAAAGAACUUUCGGCGCAGUUCUCACCUUAAUCGACACCAGAGAAUUCACAGUCAGGAGGAGCCCUGUGAGUGCAAGGAGUGUGGGAAAACCUUUAGUCAGGCCCUGCUCCUCACCCACCAUCAGAGAAUCCACAGCCACUCCAAAAGCCAUCAGUGUAACGAGUGUGGGAAAGCCUUCAGUUUGACCUCAGACCUUAUUCGACACCACAGGAUUCACACUGGAGAAAAACCUUUCAAGUGUACUAUAUGCCAGAAAGCCUUCCGACUAAACUCACACCUUACUCAACAUGUGAGAAUCCACAACGAGGAAAAACCGUAUGAGUGUAAUGAAUGUGGAGAAGCCUUCAGGCAGAGAUCAGGUCUUUUUCAACAUCAGAGAUAUCAUCACAAAGACAAACUGGCUUGA